UUUUGCAUUCUCUAGCUGUAUGUGUAAGUUGAUGAUGUAUAGCAAUUGUUUAAUCAUGCAACAAAGAGUGGCUUAAGGUUAAGGUUAAAAACUAGAAUGGCAUGUCAAGAGCUGAAGAGCAUGGCUAGGACUCUCUUCCACCCUUGCAUGUUUUCUUUAAAAGCGAAUCUGCUUUCGUCCAUGGGUUCUAGUGCCUACAAUGAGCAUGUCCAGGCAACUUUGUCUGAUUUGAUUGAGAAAGGGUUGGUGAGGGAUGUGGAGAAUAUCGGUCAGAUGAUGCAAAUAGGUGAAACCCAGUUGCCUCUUGUGGAUAAGGAUGGCGGAUACAGACAGACUGCAACGCAUCUAACUUAUAUUCGGAAACGACUGGUCGAUGAGGAGAUCGGAUGGUUGAUAUUUGUUGUUGAUUCACAUCAGAAAGCCUCUUUUGAUAAAUACGUUGAGGCUGCAAAAGCAGCAAAGUGGCUUCCUGCUGAUGAUGGGAAGCCAAUCCCCAAAAUGAGUUUUCUGGGUUUGGUUGCUGAUCCAUCAUCAGUCGUUAUUUCCAGCUUAAUCUCUGGCGUCAUGAUAAGCUUUGAAGAAGUGCUUCUUCAAAGAGGUUACCAGAAAGGUCUUGAACUUGGAACACUGGCUGAGCAACUUGCACUCGGAGGAAUCAAGUAUGCUGUCUUGAAGAACAUUGGGAGGGGUAAGAGCAACAACUGCAAAAUCAACAAAGAUGUGCUUCUCUCGUCCAAUGGGAACAAUGCAUUUCGCCUGCAACUUUUCUACAGCGCCAUUUGUCGAUUCAUUGAAAGUGCUGCAAUAUAUAUUCAAGCCGUCAACAGAAGUAAGGUGGUUCAGCUCCUGCCUCAGGAGGCAUCUGAUCUCGCUGUGCAUUUGCAAAGCUUUCCGGCGGUUGUGAAGCAAGUGUGUAUGGAGCUAUCCCCUGCAAUCCUGUGCGACUUUCUUCUCAAGGUUGCUGUACUCUAUGAAGAAUUUAGCAGUGUGUCUCACGUGGAUAUUUUCAGAGACUUUGACAACUUAGCAUUUGCUUAUGAACACACAUACCUGAGUUGGCCAAAUUGUGUGCCUUUUAAUUAUGCGAGAAGUAGUGUUGCUGAGGGUUUCGAAAGCAGGCUAAUCUAUACCGAGGCUACAAGAGUGGUAAUGGCGCAGUGUUUUCAUUUUCUGGGCAUCACGCCAUUGAAGUACCUUCGAUGAUUUCUGGUUUCAGUCUUUUCGGUUUUCUGGAUUUAAGACUAUUGAAUUUUAUGGAGAGCAGCCGACUGUUGAUCAGGAUUAGAGAUGUUCAUCAGUUUUUGUCAUCUACAAUAUUUCUAGCUACUUUUAUGGAUACUUUUGACUGAAAGAACCACCUUCCCUGUGUUAGAUAUCCAACAGUUUGCACAUUUUUAUGUUUCAGGUCUUUUCUUUUGACUGACAUAACCACUUUCUCUUUGUUAACUACUAUCACCAUGCUCAGACCUCUCUCUGUGUUUGAAUGUACUGAUGAAAAUGCUUCUGGCUAUGCUUUUUUUCUAUGUACCACCCCUGCCUUUGGUUUUUAUCCCAGGCAACUGA